UUUUGUAAAUCCACUUUAUUUGGCAUUUUGUAUUUUUUCCACUUUGACAUUAAAUCCUUCAAAAUCCUUUCAUAUUGUCUUUUUCGAUUUACUAAUUUCAAAAAACAAACCUAAAUUUCCAAACCUAAAAAUUAUUUUCCUUAACUCAAUCAAAAGGUGGGCCCGGAAAAAUCGAUUUUUCCGGUCACUACUAAAAAUCCUAUAAAAACACACCCUUUGAAUAUAUACAAAAUCUGCUAAAAAUAAAGUGAGAUUUCUUUCAUAAUGUUUGGUAGCCUUUCUUUCUAAGCUUCUUGUAAAUCUAAAUAUUGCCAAAAAAAAAGGCGAAAACCAAUUUACUUUUACUCGCCUUAUCAAAUCUUCCCUAUCCUAUUCGGUGAGACGCGUGCUGCAAACCCUCGUAUUUGUCGCGGGGUUUGCGGCGCGUGUACUUGGUAACAUAAACCUCUACCCUUUUUUGGCAUUUAUUUCGAUUUGGCAAGACAUGCGGAAACACUCUUCUCAGUUGUUUUUUAAAGCUUGUUGGCGUUAUUUUGGUCGAUAAAUAUUUCAAAAAACUGAUUUUUAAUGGCGAUUUUGUUUUCAACUUUAAAAUUAUUUUUUCUCUUUCUUAUCAUUUUUAACGUUUAUAGGUCUACAAAUUUAAUUUAUUAGCUUAAAAACAAAAGAAAAGUCAAAAGAAAAAUGGCUCGUCGUGGAAAUAACAUGUUACCAAACGCCCAUUACCACAAACAUUGGCAACGUCGAAUCAAAACUUGGUUUAAUCAACCGGCAAGAAAGCAACGUCGUCGUUUGGCAAGAAUUGCAAAAGCUGCCCGUGUUGCUCCUCGCCCAGUUGGGGGUCUUCUUCGUCCAAUCGUUCAUUGCCCAACUAUUCGUUAUAAUAGCAAGCUUCGAUUGGGACGUGGAUUUACUUUGGAGGAAUUGAAGGCUGCUGGGUUUAGUAAAUAUGAGGCAAAGUCUUUGGGAAUUGCUGUUGAUUAUAGACGUACAAAUCGUUCUGUCGAGUCUAUCGAGAGAAACGCCAAGCGUUUGAAAGAAUAUCGUUCUCGUUUGAUUAUCUUCCCGAAGAAGUUGAGCAAUCCAGAGAAGGGAGAUAGCAGUCCUGAAGAACUCAAAAUGGCAAGCCAAGUUACUGGAAAAGUUGUUAUGCCACAUAAAGAACAGAAGCGUCGUUUGAAAGCACAGCCAAUAACUGAAGAAAUGAAAAACUUCAAAGUUUAUUGCCAUUUGCGUCGUGUACGUGCUGAUGCUCGAAUGAAGGGAAAGCGUGACAAGAAGGCAAAAGAAGCUGCCGAUGAAGGACUUGGAAAGGGUGGACGUUAA